CUAUACUCUCUCUCUCUCUCUCUCUCUCUCUCUCUCUCUCUCCCUCUCUCCCAGAAUGAAGAGAGGUGUGUCCCUUUCUGCAGGACUUAUGGCCCUUUUCGUUCUAGUCGUGCUACUUCUUCAUCAAACUUGCAGUGCUAAGGAUACAAAUCGGGACUGUGUUCCUUCUUCCUGCGGCAAUAUCCCCAACAUAAGCUCUCCAUUUCGAUUGGAACACGAUCCUCCAAACUGCGGCAACCCAAGGUAUGCCCUGUCAUGUCAGGACAACCAAACUGUGUUAUACAUAUUGUCCGUAGAACACUACGUACAGGAAAUCAAUUACACUUCCCAAACAAUCCGAGUUGUAGACUCGGGUAUUCAGAAGAAUAAUUACUCCUCCAUCCCUCGUUAUUCCGAUUUUGGUCCAUAUUAUCGUCAGGAUGGAAUCACAGAAACCAUGGUUUUGUUGAACUGUGAAAAGCGAGUGAAUUCCCCAUGGUAUCUGAACAAAUCUACUUGCUUUGGCAAUAGAGCGUAUGCUUCCAACUCAUCUUCAUCCCAGCCUGAGGCCGGGUUUAGAUAUGUGAUAUAUAACCAGACGAUUAAAGCAGGGGAUGUGGAGGACUUGUGCCAAGUAGAGCAUAGAUUCCAGACAUCGUGGCCGUCAGUCCGCAAUCUGCUACCAGAAGACCAAAGUAGUAUUUCCUGCACAGACUUACACAACCUAUUGCUAUACGGUUUUGAGCUGUCUUGGUUUUCAGAUUGUGGAACGUGCGGCAUCUUCGAGUUUGCCGAGGAACGUUACUGCUGCAAAAGACAUACGGGAAUCCUUGGAAUACCAUUUUGGGUUUACAGUGCAAUAUUCCGAGGCAUACUAUGUCAUUUGUAUGACGCUAUUGCAGGUAAAGUAAGGCAUACAGCACGCGGAUUGCCUGUCGAUCGUCGUAUCAGAGAUUAUUUAGAUGGGUUGUAUGAUAAAGGAUCCCAGCUAAACAUCGUAAUACCACUAAUGAUCAUUAUUAUCGACCUCGAUCAGAUCAUGAUGAAGAUAACUCACAAAUCAAACAACCUGCAUGCAAGUGAUAAGGCUAAGAUUGAAGGAAACAAGCAAGGUAAUAAGCCUUCAAAUUAACCCUAUAUAAUCUUGAUAAACAUGUAUUGUUAGAGAUGCAAUCAAAUACUAGUGUAUAAUCAUUUAUAAAUAUAUGCGGACUCCCUCUAA